GUGGCCGUGUCUCGUGACGCUACAGAGGGGCGGGUUAUCAACAACAGAGUCGGUCUGUGGAGCUAACGUUACGGAGGGACAGAGCUCGAGUGUUGUUUUGAAUUUACUAGAAGACGCCGACUGGAAGGGGGGCUAGGGCCUGUGGAUAAGAUGGCGGAUGUAGGAGACGAUGAAACUCGGUCGACUCUCCCUUCGGCAUCCCGUAAUGGUCCGGUUGUCGGUUCAUCCGCGAGCACCGCGGGCCAGAACGCGACCAUGGUAACGUCGGGUCCGCGGACGGUGAGGAUCGUCAAGUCGGAGUCCGGCUACGGAUUCAAUGUUCGCGGUCAAGUCAGCGAAGGAGGGCAGCUUCGGAGCAUCAACGGGGAACUGUACGCUCCUCUCCAGCAUGUCAGCGCUGUUUUGCCUGGAGGUGCGGCGGACCGAGCCGGGAUAGCGAAGGGUGACCGGAUCCUGGAGGUUAAUGGGGUGAGCGUGGAAGGUGCCACCCAUAAGCAGGUGGUGGACCUGAUCCGUGCUGGGGAGAAGGAGCUGGUCCUGGCUGUGCUGUCUGUUCCAGCACAGGAGGCUGAUGGAUUGGAAGGAGGAGAGGAUGUCCAACCAAACUACGACUACAGCGACAAGCAGGCAGUUCCCAUUUCCAUUCCCACGUACAAACAUGUAGAGCAGCACUCGGAGAGGUUUGUGGUAUACAACGUGUACAUGUCAGGUAGACAGCUUUGCUCAAAGCGCUACCGGGAGUUUGCCAUCCUCCACCAGAACCUAAAGAGGGAGUUUUCCAACUUCAACUUCCCAAAGCUUCCCGGUAAAUGGCCCUUCUCCCUGUCUGAACAGCAGCUGGAUGCUCGCCGCAGAGGCCUGGAGGAGUAUCUCGAGCGAGUUUGCUCUGUACGGGUGAUCGGGGAGAGUGACAUCAUGCAGGAGUUUCUCUCUGAAUCAGAUGAGAACUACAACGGAGUGACAGACGUAGAACUGCGGAUAGCCCUGCCAGACAAGACCACCAUCUCCGUCAGAGUCCGCAAGAAUAGCACCACAGACCAAGUGUACCAGGCAUUAGUGAUGAAGGUUGGAAUGGACAGUAUUAUGGCGAGCUACUUUGCCCUUUUUGAAGUCAUCAACCACUCCUUUGUGCGGAAGCUGGCACCUAAUGAGUUUCCCCACAAGCUUUAUGUGCAGAAUUACACAUCGGCAGUGCCGGGGACUUGCUUGGCACUCCGCAAAUGGUUGUUCAGCUUCCAGGAGGAGGAGUUGCUAAGAGACAACCCGCUGGCACUGCAUUACUGCUUUCACCAGGCAUUGGAAGAUGUGAAGAAGGGAUUCAUAAAAACGGAGGACAAAUCCUACCAGCUGCAGAAGCUGGCAGAGCAGCGCAAGAUGGCCACGUACCUCAGUCUGCUGCGGACAUGUGAGGGCUACAAUGAGGUGGCGUUCCCCCAUUGCUCCUGUGACUCCAGGAGGAAGGGACACGUCAUCACAGCCAUCAGCAUCCAUCACUUCAAGCUGCAUGCUUGUACUGAGGAUGGCACGCUGGAGAACCAGGUGAUAGCUUUCGAGUGGGGGGAGAUGCAGCGCUGGGACACUGAUGAGGAGGGAAUGGCUUUCUGUUUCGAAUAUGCCAGAGGAGAGAAGAAACCUCGCUGGGUCAAGAUUUUCACUCCAUACUUUAACUACAUGCACGAGUGCUUUGAGCGGGUCUUUUGUGAGCUGAAGUGGAGGAAACAGGUCGAGGAAGAGGCAUCUGACAAAGACAACAAAAACUGCAGCAACAAUGACACGUGACUCACUCACUCUAUCAGAGUCAUCUCCAAGAGGCUGACACGUUUGGGGGAAGUGAAACUAUGUGAGCCACGUGAGUCAGCACAAGACCAGAAAUACCAGAAGUACGUGGAUGAGCAAGUGCAAGGCGUCAGGAUGAGUAAGGAACCUUAUAGGAACAGAGGCAGAUGACAAACAGCAGAGGGAAAGAUGGGGAGGAUGUAAGCCCUAACCCCCAGAUGUAAUUCCACUGGGCACGGCUGCAACGCGUCCCGGCUGCUGAUCGCGGCCUUUCUAGAUGAAAGUUUGUGAUCCCAGCGUUUCAGAAAAUAAAACACCUUGUACACACUCCUGUUUGGAACCAACAAAGGGGAACCAAUUAAACUACAUACCCUACUUGCAGAUGAUAAAAGCACAAAAAUGGUCUAAUCUGAGCAAAUUCAUCAAAUCUGCUGGGCAAACUGUUCCACUUCUGAAUCACACCUGGUCGGGUGUGAUGAACAGACCAAAACAGUGUUGUAGCCGCAACAUUAGAGCUGUGACUGGUGGGAUUUAGGGGUACAGCGAGGGCUUCAGUAUGCCAAAGAGUCUCUCAUGGAAUCAUAAUCACUAACUGAAGCACAGUAGACGCUGGAAAACACUGACUGAUCUGUGUUGCAUGACA